AUGCACUACUCGUGUUUGCACCUGCUGCUGGCGUGCCUGUCGUGCCAGUGCUCCGUGCUGAUCCUGGGUCUGCUGGAGGCCUGCUCCUCCUGCCUCCACACCCUCUGCUCCUGCUGCUGCCACGCCUGUGCCCGCUGCUGUUCGGCCAUUCAGGAGGUGCCUGUGGAGGAGCUCAACUGCCACGCCCACUGCCACUCGGUGCUGGUGGAGUCAUGCUGCGAGCCAACCCAGUGUCUGGAGUUUUGCCUGGAGUGCUGCGAGAUCUGCCAUCGCAGCUAGGAGGAGGCUAG